UCUUCUUCCUCUUCCAUUUCCAUUUCCAGUCCCAUUCCCAUUCCUUUGCCUCCACAAGCCUCCUUUCUGUUUUUGUUUUUCUUAAUUUAUCUCUUGCCUCUUCUCUCUUCUUUGUGUGUUCCCUCUUAUUUUUUCGUUCGAUUCUUCGCGGGCUUUUUCAACGCCCUUCUGUUUCCGGAUUUUGAUGCUUUCUAUUGCGGAUUUCGAGAUUUUCUUUCUCUAACUACUUUCUUUUUUCGGAUAAUGUGCGGAUCAAUCUUCGAUCAGUUAUUGGAUUUUGAUUCUGGAUUAGAGAUUCUGUCUGGGAUUUUCAGCUAUGUUUGAUUGGAACGACGAAGAGCUUGCCAAUAUAAUAUGGGGUGAGGCUGCUGAUACUGAUGAUCAUAUUGUGCCUUAUCGGGAGGCUGGUGAAAAUUAUUAUGACAAGAAAGAAUGGAAUCAAGACACGUUAUACACAAAGCUUAUGGAGCAGAAGUCACCCGGGACCGAUAACCAUGGAAGAAAGCUGGAAAGCAGUCCUGGCAAUGAAGGAGGAACUUCUGCCUCAAACCUCAGCAACGAUCCAGUGGCUGACAUAUCCUUGUCUAAACCUUCCAGAAUUGACCAGGACUCUAAGGGUACUGAAGUAUCUCAUGAAUUAACUGGAAACAGGGAAUAUAAUUCACCAAAAAACGCCGCGAUGACCAAAGGUGCACCGAAUUUUCAAAGUACUGAAGAAGGUAAAGAACAAGCUGAUUUUGUUGACUAUGGAUGGGCUAAUAUUGGAAGUUUUGAUGACUUAGAUAGAAUUUUCAGCAAUGAUGACCCAAUAUUUGGCCAAGUAAGUCUCAGUGAUACUGAUGAGCUAUGGUCGUCUUCUUCAAAAGAUUUGGGUAACAGCCCAAUGAAGCUAUUCCCGACUGUGGAGUCACGAAAUUUGGACUCCAGAGUGGAUACAGAAAAAAUCAAGAAUCCAGAGUACUCAAAACAAAAUGAGCAAGUAUCUACUCUUCCCAAUGGGCAAAGUAGUGAUGCUGGACCACUUGCGCUUCAGACUGGAAGUGCAAUCUUAACAAAUGUAGAAGGAGAUAUGACUGCUUCUAUUGCAAGGGACCGGACAGGUCUGGAGAAAAUGCCAAAUCCAGAUGCAGUGACACUUCACCAAAGAGCUGAUAUUAUCACAUCUGCCAAUGAGUUUUCAAAUAAGAUUGGUAGGCAGAAGAAACUGUUGAAAUCUCGUAAAAGAUCUGAGGGGAAAAGCGAUGAGAAGAUGUUUCAAGACUUUCGUGGUAACUGGCCUUCAUCAACAAGCCCAGCAGGUCAGUUUGAUAACAAUCUAGCUCUACAGCUGGGAACAUCUUCACCUUCAAUUAUGACUAAACAUCGGCAGCUUCAAGGACUUGAGCCAUUGCAAUACCAGCGAAGUUCCAAUCCUUCGAUGCACCAGUUUUAUCCAAUUCCUGCAAAUGCAUAUCCUGCUGUACCCUUGUUGUCCCAAAUUCAGCCGGUAGAUCUCCAGCAUCAACCUCUUCUUGGUCAAGAUAUUUCCCCUGGUAGUACGAAUCGUGUGGACAAGCCAGCUGAUGGGUUUGUGAAGUCUCUUACCAUGACACCUCAAGAAAAAAUUGAAAAACUUAGGAGAAGGCAACAAAUGCAGGCAAUGCUUGCCAUUCGAAAACAACAGCAACAGUUCAAGAAUCAAGUCUCUACUAGUAGUCAAUCUAUUUCUCCAAAAUGUCCCCAAGAAAUUCAGUCACAGCACAUUGAAAAGAAUGAUCUUGAUUCUGAAGAAAUAUACACUCUUCCCGCUCUAGAUCCAAAGUCGCCUUUAGAGCAAGAUGAUUCCAAUACGGUCUCCACCACAGUUGAUCGUUCUAUGGAAGAUACAAUUCUUUGCAGGCUUCAAGAAAUUAUUUCAAAGCUGGAUUUCAAGAUCAGACUUUGUAUCCGGGACAGCUUGUUCCGAUUGGCUCAAAGUGCAAUGCAAAGACAUUAUGCUAACGACACAAGUAGUUCCAACAAAAGUAGCAGAGAUGAGAAUGACUUCACUGCUAAAGGAGAAAUCAAUAGUCAUUGCAGGAUUGCUGGGGUUCCGGAUGCUGAAACAGAGACCAAUCCCAUUGAUAGAACUGUGGCUCAUCUGCUCUUCCAUAGACCCUUUGAGCUUUCACAAAACUAUAUCGAUGCCCCCGGAUCUCCUAUUUCCACUAAGCUUUCUUCUGAGCAGAAGGCAGAUUUGAAGAGCUCGCCAAUGGAAUGCUUACCUUACAAUGCAUCGGGCAAACAUCAUGUUUCUCUUGAUGGGUCUAAAAGUUCUUGGACGUUAGCAGAGACGCAGCAGCAGAUAAAAACUAGUCCUUGUAUGGAGACAUCAGAUAACACGUCCAAUAAUGGGUUGGUAGAUGAUGCAGUUCUUGACUACGAAGCUUCCCAGUGAGGAAAUGUGCAUGCCAUUAAUAUCAUACGGGUAAUUCAUUCCUUUAUCUCUUCCUGGCUCAGUUUGCUUCGCAUGCUUUUGACCAUAUGGAUUUAUAAUGCAAGAUCUUCCUUUUGCUCAUCUGCCUACUAGAUCUUACAAACCACAGUUGUGGGAGGUUCAAAACAUCGACCAACUCGUGGAGCUUGAAGUAUCAAAACCUCAGAAUGUACAACAUGUCUAGUAUUCAGAAAAAAUAAAAUCGGAAGAACGAUUUGGAGACCAACUUGUCUGUAUCUUAACAUGCACCAGCAUCAACUGGGUUGUGUUAUUUGUGUGAUGCUAUGUCUGUGUAGUACCUGUGAGCGUCUGGAUGUUUUUUUUUUUUUUUUAAUUUUAGUUCUUGUUGGAAGAUUGAAAUAUAACUUUAGAUCAUUCAUCACUCCAAACCAAUGGAGUUUCCACGACUCUGAUAAAUUUUAAAAUCCUAGUGGUUACUUUCUUAAGGUGAAGGUUAGUGAAGUUGUAUUCUCAAUGAGCUUCUCGAGUUCUGGUUGGAUUUUUGGAUAACUACUCAGCUAGUGAAUUUGUAUUCUCAAUGUAUGUGUAUGUCUACGAAAAAAACUGACUGUUUGAGAUUGAAUAUGAUACGCUGAUUAGAUGAUUCAACA